AUGGAAGAAUCUGUAGCCAACUCAACACUCCCAUCUCAGUACAUCAUGCCUGAUAUGUCAGAAAUGGUGUUCGCCAUCGCUUAUAUCCCUACUGCCGUUUACUGGACUAUUCGGAGUAUUGUGGCAUAUGUUUCUGAAAUCAUGAACCUUAUUGGCAUGGGACACAAGUACAUAACAUUAGAGGUAGAGCAGCUUUCUAGCCUGGGCUAUAAGGUCAACAACAUACAUAACCAACUGCAAAAGCAACUGGCACCUUGUUAUGAAUACCUUGAUAAAGAAGGAUACUUUGAUUCAUUUCAUACGCUUGCUCGCCUCUUGGAGACAGUACACAUUGACAACACGAAGAUCUUGAAAGCUUUGAUAUUUGCCAAGGAAGAUCAGUUGCCACUGAUUGAUGGUAAUACUAAGACAAGGGUUCACAUAGAUGUGUUGAGAAGGAAGAAUGUGUUGCUACUCAUUUCAAACGUAGACCUCUUCUAUGAAGAACAUUUCUUUCUCCAUCAGUUGUACAUAGAGGCACAACAACACCCAAAGGAGAAUCAGUAUGUGGUUGUGUGGAUCCCUGUCAUGAAGGAAACAAUCCCAUGGGACGAGAUAAUAGAUGGAAAAUCAGUGGUGAAGCAAGUACAAGAUUUUCAGAUGCUAGUGGCUGAAGUUAGAUCUGAAGGCAUCAAAAUUGGAGACAAUCUUGUUGUGACAGGUAUUAUUGACAAACUACCAUCAUCUUGGAGGAAGUUUCAAAAGUCAAUGCGUCAUAAGCAAAAAGAGACAUCCUUGGAGACUCUAAUCACACGGAUUCGGGUGGAGGAGGAAGCACAAGGACAAAAUGUGGUUAUGACACAAGAGCAUUCUACUGCAAAUAUUGCUUUUGAAAAGUACAUUUGCUUGCAUGGAGGAGAGGACCUAGAUUGGAUCAAGCGCUUUACCAACACAGCAAAAGUUGUUGGAAAAGCCACCCAGAUCCCAUUAGAGUUGUUGUAUGUAGGAAAAAGCAACCCAGGGAGAAAGGUAGUGAAGAUCAACAAUGUCAUUAUGGUGGAAAACCUCAGCCACACAAUGCCAGACCUAAUUCUAAUAUGGCACUUCUGGGAUAGGUUUGAGAGCAUGUGGCACUCCAAGAAGCAAUACGGCAAGUCUGUAGGGAACGAUCCCAUAAUGAAAGAAAUAAAGUCAAUAUUCAUGGAGGAGAGGACCUAUAUUGGAUCAGGCGCUUUACCAACACAGCAAAAGCUGUUGCAAAAGCCACCCAGAUCCCAUUAG